AUGCGUCGGUUAAAUAUCAAUAACAACUAUAGCAUUAAUAGGGAAAGCAUUGUGGAUUUACCAGAUAUUCAUCAUUCUCUCAUAGUCAUACCAGAAUCACUCUAUGACAACUCUGAAUUAACUUCAACUGAUUCCGCAACUUCUUAUUAUAAUAAUAAAUCAACACCUAAUUCUUCCAUACAUGAUAUUGCUGAAGAAAAAAAUGAUGAAGUAGUAGAGGAGGAAAAGGUUGAAAUAAGUGAACAAAAUUUAGAUGAACCUAAAGAAAGAGAGAUAAAUAUUGAUAAAGAAAAAUCAAAAAAUUUCACAGAUAUUGAUCUAUCCGAAACUAAUCCUGAAAAAACGAAUUCUUCCACCUUGGAGAGGCCAUCAAUUACAAAUGAUACAUCUUCAAUUCCGGUUAUAACGCCCCGUUCAAAUGUCGAAGAUGUCGAAAAAUCUAUUAAAAGGAAGGAUGAACAAGAAAAGCAAGAAUUUUUAGAAUAUUUAAUUGAAAAGAUUUGGGAAUUAAAUUUGUUACAACAAUUCAUCCCUUCAGCUCAAGUUAAAGAUGACGAAUAUUUUACUUUACUAAACGAACAACAAGUUAUUAAUAAAUUUACCGAAAUGAUUGAAAAUGACUUUAUUACUUUUGAAUUUUGUAAGGAUGAUCAUGAAUGUUUAGAAAUUUCGACUUCAAUCUUGUCAAAAUGGAAAUCCUCUAUAAAUCCAAAUUCAUCAAUUUCUUUUCCAGGUACAUGUUUAAUGUGUCAUCGUCACAUGCCUUUGACAUUUCAUCAUUUAGUUCCAAAAAUGAUGCAUAAACGUGUUAUUAAAAAAAAGUUGUAUACAAAAGAUCAAUGUAAUGCGAGAGGUAUAUAUAUUUGUAGACCUUGUCAUUCUGCUUGCCAUAAAAUGAUUUCUCAUGAACAAAUGGCUUAUGAGUAUAACACUUUAGACAAACUAUUAGAGCAUGAAGAAGUAUCUAAAUUUGUUAAUUGGGCUUCCAAGCAAAGAAGUUAUGCCAAAGAUCAUGUUAUUCAGAAACUAAGAUAUUCAAAGUAG